AUGUGGCGAUUAUUCGGCUACUCCGCCGAAAAAGAACAACCCCCUCGAAGCCUCCCAGCGUCAUGGUACCGCUCCGAAGCGAUGUACCAGCUCGAGCGCCGAGCCAUCUUCUCCAAACGCUGGAUGCUGUUGACACACUCCAACCGAUUCACGAAAGCAGGCGAUUACCUCUCCUUCACGAUCGCCGACUUUUCUUUCUUCCUCGUCCGUGACCGCGACGGCAAUAUCAACGGCUUCCACAACAUCUGCCGCCACCGCGCAUACCCUGUCGUACAAGCCCGCGAGGGAACAGCAUCAAUACUGACAUGUCGAUAUCACGGCUGGUCCUACGGUCUAAAGGGAAACCUCGCCAAAGCGCCCCGCUUUGAAACAGUGCCGGACUUCGAUAAAUCCUCCAACAGCCUCCUCCCCAUACACAAUCACGUCGACGCCGUCGGUUUCGUCUGGGUAAACCUGCAGUCCGGUUCACCAGAUAUAAAAUGGCGCGACGAGUUCGGCACCGUCGACACAGAAGACCGGAUGCGGAAAUUCGACUUUGCCGCCGACUACACCUUUGAUCAUUCUUGGGAAAUGGACGUCGAUUCGAAUUGGAAACUGCAGAUUGAGAACUAUAACGAGUGCUACCACUGCGCGACAUCGCACCCUCUGAUUUCCGGCGUCACCGACCUGCCUAAAUAUCGCGUCGAACCGAAUAGUAACGCGCGGUAUAUGGAGCACCACAUCGUGAACAAGGGCAGCAUAGACACGCAGUUCCAGCGCGCAAUCACGUUUUUCUUCCCCGGGACGAGUGUCACCGUGACCAACAAGUUCUUCUACAUCCAGCGCAUGAUCCCUGUGACGGCGACGACGUCAAAGAUCGAGAAUGAGGUGUUUCGGCAUAGAGAGGCCAGCGACGAGGAGUUUGACACAAUCAUGAAGUUUUAUCGGCAGGUGCUUGAUGAGGAUCGGGAGCUUUGUGAGGGGGUUCAGAGGAGUCUCAGAACGGGGGUCUUUCUUAAUGGGGAAUUGCAUCCGGAGAAGGAGAAAGGCCCGAUAAAGUUCCAGGAGAGCUUGAAGAGUAUGCUUGUGGAGCAUCAGAAGGCUGAGGAGAAGGCUGGAGGGGAGAUCUGGCCGGCUGCGCCGAAGGGAGCUGGAGGUGGGAAGGUAGGCGAGGAGGUCAGGUUCUGUGAGAAGUUGGAUAGGGCGGCUUGUCCUGGGGUUGGGCCUGGUGCGAAGGACCUUGCGUGGUAG